AUGAAAUUUUGGAGAUAGAGAACUUGGAGUGGAGUUGUGUUAGAGAAGUUAUUUUUAUGCUUUCAAGACAUAUCAUUCUUUUAUUUCAAUGUGCUACCAGUUCUAAUGCAAAAGAAUUGUCGCAAUACAGUGGAUAUCUAAUACAAAGGGUAAAGAUAUAUACUUUAUUAAUAGAAUCGAUAAAAAAUAAAUUGACAAUAACUCAAAGGUUAUAAAAAAGUUGAAAGUAUUAGAGUCUUCAUUGUAAAUUGUAAAUGAACUGGCUGUUUUCUUUGACUUGUCAAAAUCAAGAAUUGAACAAUCAUUUGCAAUGUGUUGUAAUUCUCUAAAUCCAACAACAACAGAACAAAAACAACUAAUAAAAGAGUUCAUAGAUGAUGUUCAGAUGACAGAAAUUUACCACAAUUACAAUUUAUAUUAUGAUAAUCAAAUCCUAAUUUCCACAAAAUUUUGUUUUUGA